AUGGCACGCCAGUUCCUUAGUGACGCUGGACAGUUCCAGUUCGACAUGGCACUGCCCAUGCACUGGCGGUGGAACUGCAUGUGGGUCUCCUCUGAGGUCACCCAGUCACAGACCAGUCCCAGGUGGGAGUCAAGCCCUAAUGAUAAACGCAUGAAUGUGUUUUCUCUGAGUGUGGCACAUGAGAAUGAGAGCAGGGAAGGCCCAAAGUGGGGAACUGUGGUGUGGGAGACAGGCAGAUGGUUUGGCGUGACAGGUGUUGUGUUGAUGAAGAGGUCCCCUCUGGAGCUGGGCUUUGCCUGUCGAGAGCUGGUGGCUGUGGUCAGGGAGAGGAAACCCAGUGCUGUGCUGCAGGUCCUGGUUCUGCAGCCCCGUGAGCAGUGCCUGGUCACCUCCGCCCGCACUGAGGUGGUGGAGGGAACCAGAGAUCCUGUGUUUCUGACAGGCGUGAGUUUUCCUCCGGAGUGCUCGCUGUCUGAAGAAACUCUCAUCAAAGUCAGCGUGUACGAUGUGAAGGACAAGAGCCUCCAGACUCAUAGUUUCCUCGGCAGUGCGAGUUUCUCUGUGGCCGAUCUUCUCAAGUCCAAAGACCAGCAGCUGUCGCUCAGGCUGAGAGCGGCGGAUGAGUCAGGGGCUGUGGGGACAGUGGUAGUGACUCGGCUAAAGAUGGGGGAGAUUGAGGACAGAGAAACCGACCACAUUGCAGCUGACGUGCACAGCCAGAAGUGCACCAUGGUGUGUGAGUCUGCCCAUGGGACCACAAAUGACAAAGACAAUGGGCCAUUGAUGAAUGCAGUCUUUAAGAACCCAGUGUGUAAGGUGUACCGGUUUCAGACUGUAGACAAUAAGUGGAUGAUGGUCAGAGAGCACAUGGCUGAGACAACUCUAUCCUUCAGCAUCCCCAAACAGUUAAUUACCUUAUACAUCCAGGAAGACACCCACAGGAUAGAGGAACUGAAUGAACUGGGAGAACUUUCCCCUCACUGGGACAACCUACGAAAGGAAGUCAUCACACGCUACAGCCAUCUGAUCAAAAGCUACCAGCAUACACUCACUGAACUAGACAAAGUAACGGGGCCGUCAUUCAAGCCCAGCUGCAGCAAAGCGCAGAAGCACCUGGAGUUCAUCCCGGUCAACCUGCACACACAGCGCAUGCAUGUCACAUGUCCAAGGAAAACAGAUGCUCUCUAUGAUGUCAUAACUGUGGGAGCUCCGGCAGCACACUACCUGGGCUUUAAGAACGGUGGACUUCGCGGACUAAUCAACCGAUACGAGACUGAGAAGAAGAGUUACAGCACGGCGUAUCAGUGUAUUUAUUACUCUCCGGCCCAGACAGCGAAGGCGAGAGAGAUUCUGAGCACAGUGGCCCGGCUGCAGCCUCUCAUCUCCAGUCUGGCCGACCAGCUGCUCCAGGCAGCCCAGCAGCGCUCCACCCACAGCCUGAGAGAGGCUCUCAAAACCCUGGCAGACAAGACGGAGCAGCUGGUUCACUCUUUGAAGGAGGAACUGGUGAAGAAUGCUCUCCUGGCGUUGCAUGCGGCUCGGCCAGGUUAUGUCAGCCCCAGUCAGACGCCCUCAGAACCACACCCCAACACCUCCACCUGCAACAGCCUCAACAGACCCCACACCCCACAAAAAGAGGAGGUGCCGCCCAAAGAGGAGGUGUUACCCAAAGAGGAGGUGGUACCCCCUCUUGAUCGUCAGGAGUCUAUACCUCAGCAGAGGGAAUUUGAUGAGGAGGAUUGGGACAGGGUAUGGGCAGGUAUCGCCAAAAGUCUGAACUGUGUCAUCGCCAUGGUGGACAAGGUGGUGGAGCAAGACAAUAACAACCAGGAGUCAGUGCCGGAGCAUGCUCUUGCUGAUGUCAUCACCUCUCACAACCCGGCGGGGGAUUGGCGUGAGCAGCUCUGCCCCCUGGUGGUGGACCUGAAGCAGUGCGUUGCAGAAGUGGCAGAGCGUGCCUGCAGCUCCAUGACUUUUGUUUUGCUGCAGGAGGCUGCAUGCAGCAGCCCACAGGGUCACCUCCUCCAACAGAGACGAGACACCGUCUUCAGUCAGGCACUCGCCGCGCUGGUCUGUGGAUUUGUCCUGCGGUUGUAUGCUGGGAUUGAAGAUGAGGGUUUCCUAAGGCAGCUGCACAUGGUGGGAGUCGUCGCACAGUUUGAAAGCCUUCUCAGCACCUACAGUGAAGAAAUUGGGAUGUUGGAGGACAUGGAGGUCGGCGUUGCUGACCUUCAAAGGGUCACUUUCAGAAUCACAGAGGCAUCGACCGAUGACCCCGCUGAUCUCCAGCCGACUGUCGUUGGCAGAAGAGACCACUAUACUGUUGAGGUGCCCCUUCCGCGGCCCGUUUUCCAGUCCUUCCCGGACGAGAUCCGCGGAGGAAAGGCCCUGCUGGUUUAUCCAGUGCUCUUUAACGUAGGAAUCAACGAACAGCAGACCAUAGCCGAGAGAUUUGGUGACAUCUCUCUCCAGGAAAGGAUAAACCAGAGGAACUUUGAGAUUCUGGAGAGUUACUAUAAGUCAGUGACUGACGCGGUGCCAGCUGAAUGUCUGCCCUCUUUUCAAACUCAGAGUGACAUAAAGGAGUUACUGGAAACCCUGGGGCAGCAUGUGGUGACAAAGAAGAGGAAGAACGUGGAGAUUCUGUGGCUGGCAGGGACGAUCUGCCGAGGGCUUAACGGCAUUCGCUUCACCAGCUGUAAAAGUGCCAAAGACAGAACCUCCAUGUCAGUGACGCUGGAGCAGUGUGCCCUGCUCAGGGACCAACACCAGCUGAACAAGGACUUCUUCAUCAGAGCGCUGGACUGCAUGCGGAGAGAUGGCUGCAGAAUUGAGAAUGUGCAGAAAAACAUUAGGUGCAGAAAAUAUGCGUUCAACAUGCUGCAGCUGAUGGCCUUCCCCAGGUGCUACCGACCCCCCGAAGGCACCUACGGCAAGGCAGACACAUGAAGAACCUCA